AAACCUAAAACUGUCAGCUGCGAAACGAACGAAAAAAGGAAAAUACGAAAAAAGAGCAAAAAAAAAGAAAGGAAAAUUGAAUUUUCUUCAUCUAUCACUAUCAUCUUCCGCAAGAACUACAAAAAGAUUCUCCUCAAGAAAAGUGUAUUUUCCUUGAAGGAAUUUGUUGUAUUAGUCACUUUUUCCAUUCCGAAAAUAAGGAAAAAUCCUUAAAAUCAUCGUACCCAUGACCCGCAUGUUGUGUUUUUCGUAAAUAAAUUUGUAACUUGCCUACAACACCCCAGGUAGACAAGAGGAAAAACUAAAAAAUAAGUAGGUAAAUAAGAGAUAAGUUCUCGCUUGUGUGUCAGUGUCCAACGUCGCACCGUGUUCCCUAUGGAGACGCAGACGACUGACAAAAAUAUUGAAUUUGCCCAUCAUCCGCCGAGACCAUGGGUGGAUAAGGGCAAGUGCAACAAUAACAAUCUUUUCGAAGACAAAGAGAACUUCUGCGGAGCUGCAGAAGCUGGUAAGUUGAAAUUGGACAAAUGCCAAUGCCAUCGUAGUCAACAGCAGCAGCAACAAAUCCCAGCUAUCGAGCUGCCAGUGGCUGAAAGCUUUACUGCAGAUGAAGCCGGUGGUAUUGGUGUUGUAAACUUACACCCAUCCCAGACGACGGAAGCAACAAAUGACACCCGGUUCAACGGUGGCGACGAAGAUGAAUUGCCCAGCACUGCUUUGGCUGCACACUCGCCGCCAAACUCUAACCGAACCUCGGUUAACAAUUCCACCGACAACCUGUCGUACAACAGCGACAACUAUUACGUCGACGAACUGAUCGUCCUGCAGAACACACUCUCCGACGAGGAGGUCUCACUUAAUUCGGAUGAUUGCAUCUACGCCUAUCGCGGAGGAGCUGAAUUCGAUAUUGCCCUGGAACCAGCAAGGAAUAACAAUGCCGAAGACGAGACGGACUUCCUCGAAAUGGACUUUGAUCCGGAUCCCUCAUCGGAAGUAGAUCCCUCAAUAGAGUUGCGCUCAUUGCAAUAUCCUCCAUCUAUUUUCUUGACCAGUUCGGCGAGUGUAGGAGGACCGAACUUGCCCGAGAGGCAACUAUUUAGUUCGCCAAUUGAGGGAGGCGAUUCAGCACUCUGCCACCGAUGUCCAACAAACAAGGACUUUGCAAAACUCUCACUCAAUUUGACACAAAUUAAAUCGAGUUCGGUGGAUGGCGACGAUCGUAUAUCUCCAGUGACUGUCUCGUGUACCACAGAUGACUCUAGAUCAAAGGUUACUGGCGCCAAGCCGAAGCGCAUAACAGAGCGAAGCAUUUCCAUGACAAAGAACCGCAAAACGCAGUUUCUCUAUUCAAAAAUGAACAAGAACGGUGGAACUACGGCAUCUCUAUGUUCAGCUGGUAGUUUAGAUGAACGCGCUGGCGUAGCUGGAUUCCCCCCGCUGCACAGCGCCAAUGCAUACACUCGACGUGAUCUCUCUGAUGAAACGUGUUUAGAUUGUCUGGAGAAGGAAUUCCUUGCUAAUACAAUUGGAAAGCCAAUCGAAUGGUCUGAUUGUCCAAAGUGCAAGAACAAGCGAAGUCUCCACAUGAUGUCUGCGUUUGGACAUUGCAAUAGCAGCGGCAGCAGCCGCAGUAGUAGUAGCAAUACUGGCUUAGGAAUGAGUUCAAGUAGUAGCGUUUUGUGUUCCACCAAACCCCCGCCCUCAUCGUUGAGUUUCGACUUGAAUGACUUAUUGCCAACGGCGCGAGAAAAGGCGGCUUAUAAGGCUGAUGAAGCUUGUUAUAGUGGUAAUAGCAGUGGUAGUGGUUUGCAUAAGGGAGCAGCAAUUGUCGAGACCAAAAAGCUAACGCACAAGAGUUACCAAAGAGGAUCAUCGUGUGAUAAUUUUGAUGGAAAUAAACUUGCUAAGAGAUCUUCCGAUCAAGUUGUUUCAACAUUUCCAACUUUAAAUGCUGACGAAGGAACAAUAGUGCAGGCACUGGAAAAACUUCAUAUUCCUUUCAACAAGGAGCUCAUAAUAUCAUAUUUCCAAGCAAGUCCACCUGAAUUUAAAAAUCUCAAGCAAUUUAUUCUCCAUCAAUCCAAAAAGAAUUGUAAUUUUCCAAAGUUAAUGAAGCUAAUAGAAGUUGCAUGCAAUAACAAAGUUAACGUAGAAUUCCAACCGGAUAAACAAAGUUUGGAUAGAGAACCAGAAGUUCAAGAAGUUCGAGUGGCUGAUAUUCUACACCAAUGGACAAGAACAAAUAAUCUUGAAUUACUUAAACAAUUAGAUAAGCGAUUUAUGGAGAGUAAUGUUUUGGGAAAAUUAAUUUAUAUUAUAAGACAAGCACAGCAAAGAAAUAAUGCAAAACCACUUGCAGAUUAUAUUUCUAUUCCGCAGUAUUAUAAAUCUGGAUACAUUUCUAUUGUAACCAAAAAAACAAAAUAAACAAACAAAAGCAAAGCAAAUCAAAUCAAAUGUUAAACUGUCUACCUAGUAGUAAAAUAUGGUAAAUUUAAUUAAAAUAAAAUAAAA